UUGGUACCGGAGGAGUCGACACUUGGCAGACGACGCCUUCUGUUGGGUGGUCACGAGUCGUCCCUCUUCUUUUCUUCAAUUACUCGCUGUUUAUAGUGAAUUAUGGCUUUUUAUAUAGAGAGGAGUGUGCUCAUUAUUGUAACGUUUGGUGUCCUCAUGCAUAUAUCGAGUGCCAUUAACGCUAAGGGGUGUACUCCACUAGACUCCUGGACUUUUGACAAGAUUGUCCCAAAGUUUCAUGCUGCCAUUGUGAAAUUUGACAUAGCAUAUCCUUAUGGCAAGAAGCAUGAGGAGUAUACCAAACUGUCAGCAGCUGGAAGAGGCUCACCAGAACUACUUGUGGCAGAAGUUGGGGUCAAGGAUUAUGGCGACAUGGAAAAUAUGGACCUUGCUGAAAGGUUUGGAGUGACAAAGGAAGAUUUUCCUAAAGUCAAGUUUUUUGUGAAUGGUAAAGAUAAGCCUUUCGACUUUGAUGGGGAAUUUAAUGCUGAAGAGUUGAAGAAAUUCAUUCGUCGUCACUCGGAAGUUUACAUCGGUCUAGAAGGUUGCCUCGAAACCUUUGACCGCAUUGUUGAUCGAUUCAUGACCACUGAGAAUCAGAGUGACAAAAAAGGUCUUCUGAGAAAGGCAGAGGAUGAGUGGGACAAGUUGAAGAGCCCCUCUGACCAACAGAUUGCUGAAACCUAUGUUAAGAUAAUGAGGAAGGUGCUCGAAAAAGGUGGUGAAUUUAUUUCUCUUGAGAAAACUCGGGUGGAAGGCCUGAUGAUUGGGCGAAUCACAAAAGAGAAGAAGGAAGAGAUGCAAGGAAGGCUGAAUGUACUUAAGUCAUUUACUCAUGAUGAGUUGUGAACAACUAGAGUCUGAACCUAACAUUGUUAUUACUUCCUAAGUAACAAAAAUAUAGGUACAGUAAGUUACAAUUCUGUCGCAAUGCAACUUUUCACAUUUCAUGAUAGUUCCUCGUGAGAAUGAAUAAAAUGCAAAAUCCUGUUAGUAUGCAAUAUUUUGUGAUAUUUUGCCAUCUAAAAGAAAAUGCAUAAUCACAAAUUAAUGAAUAAAGAAAACAAUAGAAACUACUAACCACAUAUCUCCUUUACUGAUAUUGUGUAGAUAAUUAACAGUUUUAGAUUCAAUGUUGUAGUAUUUGAAUCUUUGUGAAGAGUUUUUCUGGCACUUUAGAUACUAACUUUAGACUAUUGUACUGUAUGUGAAAUAUAUGAAUUAAUGAUGAUAUAGUAUACAGACCUAUUGUAGUACAUACUUUACAUUUUAAAUCCAAGUUGUUGGUAAGGGAUCCUCAGCAUGUAAUCUGACACCUGUGAGAUUCCUUCACUGAGUCAGGACUUGACAUGAACUAUUUGUAGGCUUCAUUGUCCAACAUAUGAUGAUGAUUUUGUCAUCAUUAGAGAGGUGUAUAGCAGGUCACCCAACAGCAACCAAUAGUAGGCUAUAAAUAGAGAAUUAAAGAUGAAAUCCAUUUUUGUUUCAGAAGGGAGGUGACAGCUUCCCCUUUGUCUUUCCUUAAGAGGUUUUAAUUCAGCAGGAAUGAUGCAAAUUAAAAAAAAUAAUUUCAUAUUAAUAACAGAAUGGCUCAGUACAAAAAGUGAACCAAGCAUUAGAGCUUCAGUCUGGUUGUACCUAAAGCCUCAGUGGUUUUGCAGCAACCAUCAUGCUAGCAGUUUUGAGCAUUGCUUUGAUCCUGAUUUCCUUGAAAAGUUGCUGCAUUUUUGCAGUGUUCUGUUUGGAUAGUUUAACCUUCCAAUAAAACAUGUCCAGACCCUUGACCAUGGCAGCCAGAGGAGCUAUCUCCUAGGUUGCAGGUCACUCUUCUCCCCUCGGCAGAAAAUGGGAUUUUUGGUUUUAGUUCUUCAUUUUCAAUCCAAAUAUUAUUGCACCACAUUAAUUUAGGUAGCAUUGAUAAUCUGUCAGACAGCCAGCCUUUUAACACCAGAAAGUGUUAGCCAAAAUUUCAAUAUUUUCGUAAUAGAGUACAGUACCCAGAAAAAAACAUUUCAUCUAAAAAUAUUUUACCAUGUCUAAUAAAUUUUUGUACGACAAUUUCAUAAAAAUUUAAUCAAAGUGUAGCUUUAUGUUUGUUACAAGUGAUAACCUGUGUGGUGGUGAGCAAGGCUGGUGACUCAUGGAUAUGUGGUAGACUGUAGUGUUUGUUGUUGGUGUAUGUUAGCUGUGACCCGGUAGGUGAAUGUAUUACAGAGAAGACGGUCAACAGUAGGUUUCAGAUCAAUGCUGAAAAGUUAUUAUCCCUAAAAAUAUCAGAAUAUAAAUACGAUAGAAUAAAUAUUAUACUAAAUUAUUGUAGUACUGUAAUUCUAAAAUAAAUAAUAAUGAUAAUUAACGGCUUAUUGAAAAAGUUCUGCAGCCCUAAGGCUGCCUUGCUACAAACUGACCUUAGGCCUCGGUUGCAAAGUUAAAGUGUACUGCCUGUAGGUGAGCUCACACUAUUUGAAUUUUUUCUUUUGUAUUUUGAAAUAUGAAAAACAUUUAAACUAUAGAGGGAACCCUCAAUGUUUCACUAAUCUCAACCAUAUACAGGAUAUAAAGACAGUUUACAGAGUUGUAGUGUAUAGAAAAGCUACAGGUUUGAGAUAAUAUUCAGGUAAUUUUUAAUUCUGGGAUAAUUUUAUGUUUUGGACUACCUGUACUUGUAAUUAAGUCGACCCAGAGCUCUGAUGAUGUUGAAUUAGCGAGGGUUAAGUGUAUUUCAAACCCAGUCUAUAUGUACUGCAGUCAAGGGCCUCCUCAGUGUACGAUCCAUAGUUGUUCAGACACUAUUCAGUCUUUAUAAUUUUACAAUAUUGAAACAAUAUUACAGUAUAGUAUAUUUAUAUUAUGGUAGGAGUUAUAAUACAAUACAGUAUCAAUAUGUACAUAAUGAGUUAUUUGUAUUUUUUAUUGUAUAAAGACAGCAAAUUUAGUGGGGAUUUGGUUAUUGACAUUGAUAUGCAGGAGGAAUGAUACAUUUUUGACACCUCAGCUAUUACAGGUAAAACCUCAAAUUUCUGAAAAUAUAAAAUAUGUUUAUUAAUGGCAGCAUGUUUCAUAACAAAUAUGACAUAUUAAUGACAAAUAUUAUGAGCCUUAAGAAAUUAAACGUUGUUGGCACCAUAUUGUAUUAGAAAUACAGGUACCAAAGUUUUGAUUUUCAACACCUUGGCCAUUCUAAUUUUAAAGCAAGGUAAAGUUGCUCUCAAUGAUUGAUAAUGCUUCUUGAAUCUUUUACUAAAAAUUAUUGAAUAUUGAGCAUAGAAUGUAUAUUGUAGGUAGCACAAGAGAACCUCUGUAAUUGUUGGAGUAUGAUGAUCACAGGAGUAUGAUGUAAGACUCAGAAUUACUUUUUCAGACAAAAAUAAGGACAGCAACUAAUUGUUGCUUGAAAAAUUCGCCAUUUAUUUUCCUUAUUAAUUAUAGAAGCUUGCUUGAGUGGGGUGACUUUCAUCAGUAACAUAACCUACCUACACCUUUGUCCAGUGUUGUAAUAAAGGGCAAUGACUUCUAGACACAGACUGGCCAGCUGUGAAGUUUUCAAAAACAUUGGAUGAAGAUUGUGGCUGCUAGUAUGGAAACCGGCACAAAUAGACCCACUAAUCAAACAGGUCAAAAUACUUGGUGAAUACUAGUGAGAGGUUUUAUUUACAUAACCAGUCAUUAUCCGCAUCAUUAUAUAUGACUUUAGCGUUGGCAAUUACAGUACGGUGUAUUCACUUGGUGGCAGACAGCAGUAAUGUGUGCUAUAUGUACAGUACUGUACGUCACACAUCCUAACCCAAUACUGUAUGUUUCCAUUCUAGUCUUUGGUUACCUUUCAUCCCUCUUCCAGUACCACCACCAAAUAAUAGCAUUGUUCUGAUUCAAGAGCAGAUCUCACUGAAUAUUCAUAAUUGGUUAGAUAGCUGUGAAUGUUUAAAGCACAGUUCUUCAACCCUUAAAAAGAGUACUGAGUCAAAAGUGGCAUGUUGUCCAAGUACAGUAUACUAUGUGUAAUAAAUAAUUUUCUGUUUUACUAAUUCAUCCGACGAAUCUUGUGCACGUCACUGAUCGGGUUGUAAUCCACAUGUUGUGUGCAUAGUUGUCUGUGUUUGUUGUCUGAACACUGAUAGAUUACAAGUGUCGUUUAUAAAGCCUAAUCCAAAGAAAGCAAUGCUAACCUCUACAGGUUUACCAGAAAAAUUUCCUAUUGUGAAAUUAGGUUGCGAGUAUUUUACUGUACAGUACCUGUACUGUUACUUGAUACAAGUUUCAUGACAUUUUUACAUGCAAUAGGAAGGAUUUAUGGUACAAAUGAUUGUUGUGGUAGAAUAUGGUUAAUUAUAUUUUAUGCAAAUUGUUAGUAAGUAAUACAUGAAUGUAUUUUUUUUUAAUGGGGAAAUCUCUCACCAAUCACAAACACUUCAUUACAUUGUAUGUACUGUAAUUCACAAAUUGCCCAGUGGAAUAAAAAUAUUACUUAAAAAUUAUAAAUACCUGUACUGUAUUUUGAUAUAUUUAGAAACAUAUAAUUGGUACUUUAUAACAAAAAGUAAGUACUUUUUGGUUACAGUGCAUGAACAGUUGAAAAAUAUUGUUGCUUUUAAGUAAUAUACUAAGAUUGUGCAGUGUUCAUCUUUUAUGUUAGUACAGUAUGUAGAAGUGAUUGAUCUCCAGUUUGUUUUAUCAGUACUGCAGCUUUAUAUCAUCUUAAACUGAACUUUAUGGGUACAGUGCUGUCCAUCUCUCCAUUUCAGAUAUGGUCUAUUCAAUAGCCUUCCAUAGAGCCAAUGAAUUUAUUGCAAGUUUUGUGUGAAAAAUGAGUUAUAGUGUACAGUGCUCGCCACAGGUUCUUGCUCAGGAAUGUUGGGCAUAUUGCUUGUCCAAGUAAGGUUAGUGAUUGCCAUUUUUAACAGAAAAGUGAUAGGCUUUUGUUUGAUUUAUCAUUUGACUUGUUCUAACAUUUGUAAUGUUGGGGUUUAGAGUAUCCAUUUUUAAAUAAUAAUGAAGAGUUUAUACUUAAGGCCAUAUAUAUUAUAAAAAGAUGGCUCUUGGUAGGUAGGAAGAUAUCCUCAGGUUUAGCUGAACUGUUGAACUGCUAGAGUGAAGUACUUGGAAGUAGACUAAGGUGUGACAGGUUAUUUUCAGGUGAAUAAAUGGUUUGUAGUGUUAGAAAUACUGUACUUGUAUUUUGGUCUUAUUUAUUUUAAGAAAGAAUCAAAAGGUAUCUUGUAAACACAUCCCCACCUGUGUCUUUCCUUGAAUUAUGAGUACAGUACAGUACAGGUAUUACUGAGUUGUAAACAGUUUUACUCUCAGUGUUUGCUAUUAUGGUGCAUAAAGGUCAGUUUUAAGUAUGUGUUUUAACUUCAAAGAUGAUUCACAUGAACUGUGAGCUCUAACAACUCUGUUGACUUUGUUAUGUCAAUAUGUGUAAGGUUGGAAGGUGGACCGGGUCGCAUAAGUGAAUUAGUUCCAUUGGGUUACUGUACAAUAAGAAUGUGAAGCACAUUUAGUGUUGAAUGUCUGCAGAUCCUGUAUUGUAUAAUUUUUUAAUUAAAGUCUCUUUUAUUGC